AUGGAUGUGAAAACUGCGUUCUUGUAUGGUGAUCUAGAUGAAACGAUCCUGAUGAGGCAACCUGAAGGGUAUGUCGAAAAGGGGAAGGAUGAUUAUGUGUGUAAGUUAAAGAGAUCCUUGUAUGGGCUGAAACAAUCUUCUCGACAGUGGAAUAGGAGAUUCGACAAGUUCAUGGCACGCAUAAGUUUCAUUAGAAGUCAGUUCGACCACUGUGUUUACUUCAGAUUUCGACCUGGUAAUUCAUUUGUUAUUUUGUUGCUUUAUGUGGAUGAUAUUCUCAUAGCAAGCAACAGUGUCGAAGAUGUGAUGAGGGUGAAGGCUGAACUCAAUAAGGAGUUCGAUAUGAAGGAUCUGGGAGCUGCUUCCAGGAUUCUUGGAAUUGACAUUCGAAGAGAUAGAAAGAAGUCGAAGUUAUGUCUAUCUCAAGAGGCAUAUCUACGGAAGAUUCUUGAAAAGUUUGGUAUGUCGAAUUCGAAGCCAGUUGUGACUCCAACAAACCCUCAAUUCAAGCUGAGUAUUGAUCAGUGUCCCAGUACUGAUGUGGAAAGAGCCUAUAUGAAUAACAUCCCAUAUGCUAAUAUAGUUGGUUCUUUGAUGUAUGCUAUGGUUUGUACUAGACCCGACAUAGCAUACGCAGUAAGUCUUGUAAGCAGGUACAUGGCGAAUCCUGGAAAGGCUCACUGGCAAGCAUUGAAGUGGAUUUUAAGGUACAUAAAUGGGUCUCUGAAUAGAGUCCUAAUUUAUGGUGGAGCCUUGGGUGAAGAUGGUAAAGCAGUAAUCGAAGGAUAUGUCGACUCUGAUUAUGCAGGUUGUAUGGAUUCCAGGAAAUCUAUUUCUGGAUAUGUUUUCACUAUGUUUGGCACAGCAAUUAGUUGGAAAGCAACACUUCAGAAGGUUGUUGCUCUAUCAACCACUGAAGCGGAGUACAUUGCAUUAACUGAAGCUGUGAAAGAAGCAUUGUGGCUUGAAGGUUUUGCGAAGGAGCUGAAACUUCAAGGUCGAGGUAUCACUGUUAAAUGUGAUAGUCAAAGUGCAAUACACCUGUCGAAGAAUUCAGCCUAUCAUGAGCGCACUAAGCACAUUGAUGGAAAGAAAAAGGCAAGGAAUGAUUUCGAUGAACAACCUCUUCCAAAGAAUCCAAAGCUUAACAUUCGGAAUAGGCCUCUCUUGAUCUCAAAAUAUGGUAACCUUGAAUCCUUUCCUUCUCAUAGUUUUAUAUUUCCGGAAAAACUAAGAUAUCAAGGGGUUUAUGAUUUUGUAAGUGAUUAUGGAAAAAUAUAUCCGGAUUUGGUUAAGGAGUUCUAUGAUAAUUUGACUAUUGUGUUUGGUAAUGAUCUAUCUAACCUAGAAGAAAUUAAGCUCACUUCUUCGGUUCGUAACAAAACUAUUAGGAUGGAUGUUGCUUCUUUUGGUAAUUGCUUAGGAAUCCCUACUACCGGCCAAGUUUUGGUUGCCGGUUAUACACCCGAGUGGGAAGGCUUUAGCAAAACACAAAGCUUUUUGGAUAUGAUCCGACCAUCCCAAACCGCUACCGUAACUCAACAAAACCCUCUCUCUUCAAAGUUUAACAUGUUUGGAUCAAACUUUCCGGUUAAUGAGAGAAUGCUCCAUUUCAUCAUUGCUUAUGUUUUGCUCCCAAAACAUUCUAAUCACUCCCGUGUCAAUGAGGUAGAACUUCAAGUGCUUUAUGGUGUCAAGAAUAACAUUCAUAUCAAUUGGGCUGUCACAAUGUUGCUCCACAUGCAUAGGCUUCAACACUUGAGUGGUGGUUUACCUUAUAGUAGACCCAUUACACAUAUCAUGAAAGCUGCCGGUGUGAACCUUAAGAAUCAACCUUCUUUACCUAUGACUCCAAGGGAAUGUGAGAUCAAUGACAAAACCGCUCUCAAGAAUACCGGUAUUGUCUUAGCUUUGGACGGAACUUUUGUUUACAAGGAUGAUGAUGUUCCACCACCCAUUCCGGAAGGAGGAACUACUUUGGAUAUAGUCUUCAACAAAUUGUGCUCUAUUGAAACCACCAUUGCUAAUCACUAUCAAGAACAACAAGCGGAAAAUGCCUUCUUUCGCCAACAAUUUGCUCAAAUCCUCCAAUACCAUAACCAACCCAAUCAAGAGGAUAAUGGUGGCCAAGGCCAAAAUGAUGAAGGGAUUGAUGGCAUGGAUGAUGAAUGA